GCUAGAAAUACAAACGCACUUACUUUAAUAUACUAUGGAAUAUUUUGUAAAAAUAGAUUCCAGUGGUUUUAUGCAAAUAGUGAAGAAUUUGGAGAGUAACGGUUUCCAAGAAGCUAUUGCAGAUGCAGGUCGACUUCCUCAAGACAUGCUUGCACAGAUUUGCCAGGAUGUUGCAACAUUUCUACAGUACAAGUCCGGUCCGGUGAAGGCAGAGAAGUACACACAGCUACUGGAGGCCUUCUCAGCUAGUCCCACCAAGGUGUCCAUCACAAGUGUUGUGAAUGCUCUGACCUACUUACUGCGAUCUGCUGCAGCAUUAAAAAUGGACGGUGAGGAAUUUCAAAAUCAGCUGACCUCAUCGGACAUUUUUUCAAAGGAUGUCGUGGAUACUCUGGUACACUCGUGGAACGAGCAGGGGAGACAACUCAUGGCCACCACGUCCCAGUUGCAGUGCCUGAAUGUGGGGCAGUUGCUGGACUUGCAGUGGAGAGUGGGCGUGGCCAUCAGUUCGGACGACUGCAAGAACCUCAACUCCCCAACCAUCACCCUCCUCCUCACCAUCGCUGAGACCGGCGGCAACAUCACCAAACACUCCGUCGAGAUGACGCUCACGCAGUUUAGGAAUUUUUCCCGGCAGUUGAAAGAAAUGGCAAUAUUAAUGGAGACAGUUUGACGAAUGCUAACGGCAACUGUUUUCAAACUAACAGGGAUACAAAUACCAGUGAAUUCCAGAAAUCAACACAAAUAUGUGUCAUUACCAUAGCAACCAGUACUCAGUGAAGUGGCACAUGAUCUUGCAUCUCUUGUGUACUACCAGUACAUAUAGGGCUGUCGGUGGGGUAGCCGAGUGGAUAAGGCAUUGACUCAUCAUGCUGAAAGACCUGGUUCAGUCCCCACAUGGGUAUAAUUUGUGAAGCCCAUUUCAGGUGUCCUCUGUGUGAUAUUGCUUGAAUAUUGCUUAAAGUGGCGUAAAACCAUACUAACUAACUACAGGGCUGUCUUGGGUGAAGCCUGCAGGUACCUGUAUCUGUGCUUGCUGGGACAUAUUGAUAGUCAUAUGGAGAACCACUUUUAUGUAGGACUGCAGCUCAAGGUGUACUGUUAUGCUCGGCUGUUAUAAUAUAGAUUGCUAACUGCUAAUUAAAUAUUGCUGACUGUGGCAUAAAAAAUAUUAUACCCUGAAUUUAGAAAAUACAUGAUUCUGAUUGGUCAAUUAGAAGUUUCAAAUCACAAUAACCACUUCUGACUGAAACAACUGAUUUCACUGAGGAAGCUUAUAUAUAGAAAAGAAAUUCAUUGUCAAUCAUUGUCGUCAGGCAUUUUGAAAUAAUCAUAUAUACAUUUCUGGGUAAUUUGUUACAGGUCUGCGUUCAGUUCUACAAAUUAGUGUGGUUAAAUCUACAGAUAACCUAGCUCCACCUUGAAAACAUGAUUUAAGUCCCAAUUCACUUAUGGUGUAAUACAUAUAAAUUGGGAAUAGGUAUUGUGAUGCACUGAACUUUGGUGAAUCUCUAGAGUCCAGUGUUCUCUCUGCAUGGUGGCUGACAUACGUUUCUUUGUUGUGUUUUCAUCGGUUUAUGCCCCCCUUUCACUACGAUCACGAAUCACCCUGAAUUGGAAACUUUCGAAAUUCGUGAAAUUUUGUGGCUAAUCGGGUUGAAAAAUAUUAAGAAUGCCAGGAAUGCGUUAAGAAACAUUUACAAAUUACAAGAUUCAUGUACGGAUCAUGCACGAAUUGUAAGAAUCACCUACGACUAAGUUACGAAUAUGCUGAAUGUUGUUCUUAUUUAAUUCUUACAUGAUUCGUAGUUGACUCGGGACAUUCGUGGCUGUUUCGGGAUGUUUUCGGGUUGAGGACAAGAAAGCCACAAAUUGCUAAGAAUAGCCAAGCAUACAAAAGAAACGAUUACAAAGCUGUUUAGGAACAUAAGAAUUAAUUACGAAUGGAUUAUGAUACAGUUGCAAUUGGGGAACCCUUCCACGAAACGUUUUUGACAAACAAAAAUUUCUCGCCGAUUUGAUGAACUUCCACGAACUGUACGAAUGUUUGAGAAUCAAAUAAGAUUCAUUUAAGAACUUCAAGAAAUGAUUGAGAUUUAUCUACGAACAUGAAAAAUGUCCUAUUCGGGGAUGAUUCGGGAUAUUCGUGGUCGUAGUGAAAUGUGGGCAUUAGACUUGAGACAAUUCACUAUCACACAAUUCAUCAUGCGAUUGUGUACACGACAUGAAACAACGUUGUGUGUACAACCCUGUGAGGUGUUGAUGGUGCAGUGAAUUGUUCACAGACUCACAUGGCCACUUUGGAAUGUAGGACCCUGUCCGAAGUCAGUGGUUACAGAAUCAUUUUGUUGCUAAUAAAUCAGAAUGUUUAGUUAUACAUACCAGUAUAUGAAUGAUUAUCUAUAAUACUCAAUGGUGCUGCUUGUUAUAUUUUGUUUUAUGUUGUACUGUCACAAACCUGAUCUUCAGAGUGUUCAGUAUCUUAACUGAAGAAAUUUAUAAAGAAGUGUAGCUAAUGUUAAUGAAUUUAUAACACAGAUCUGCUUAGUGUUUAUCCUGUUAUGAUACCCUUAGUGAUCCUGGGAUAGAAUCAAACCUCCCUUGUGGGUAGGUGGGUUAGCCAAGUGGAUAAUGCUGCAUCAUUAUCAUUUUGGGUGAGGUGAAAUGGGGUUUAUUGCACUUAUAUAGCGACGUGCAUGCACGUGUGUGUGUUGCUGCUUGUACUAGUCCGGACUGAUGCUGAUUUAUAGUGCUAGCUCACUGAGAUACCAUGCCGCAGUUUUACAUGAAUACCCCACUCAGACCGAGCUGACCAGUCCUUGUUUAGCCCCUCAAUACCUAGCGCCAGGCAGGAUAACAAGUACCAUCUUUUAACGUCUUUUGGUAUGGCAAGGAUGGGGAUCGAUCCCUGGACCUUCCACUGAGCAAUGGAGGCGGUCCUUUAUGAUUAUAUUGUUUGAUAGGAAUACUAAAACAAUUCAUACUCAAGACCUCUGAGGGGAGCAUGUGUACUUUUAGCAACUUGAAAGAAGCUGAAAAUGUACAUUUCCAUGGCAGUGUCAAAUACUAUUCACACGACAACAUCUCAACUGACCCAGUCAGCCCCCAUCUAGACUGUCACAUUAUCCUUAUCAAAUGUUGUGAGGUAUACAUCUUUAUAUAUCUAUAUUAAAAAACAGAACUUUUACUACUCCUCUUUUGCUAGGAAUGGCAUGUUUUUUAUCUUUCCAUGAUUCACAAAACUGUCAUGACAUGUCAAGAGUAUAUUUAUAUACCAGUAUAUCUGACCUAUAUCCUUAUCAAAAGUUGAGUAGUAUACAUUUCACGCAUUAAGUGCCAUCUUCGGGCAUUUUGAUAUUUGACUAUUAUUCCAUGACAACUUCUUCAUUGCUUAAUGCGCAUAAUGGUAUUUGUUCAGUAUAUUAAUUAUAUCUAUGAUACAUAGUCCAGCUUGUUAUAAAUAUAUAUAUCUAUCUAUAUCAUAUAUACAUCCAGAUCUGACAAAGCCCAUGUCCUUUGAGAUGGUUCUCUGACUCACAGAUGCCUUCCAGAUGUCUUAUACUCAAUAUGCUCGCACUGUGCACCUGUGAAAUAUGAAGUGCUUAGUUUGUAUUCAUGAAAAGACCUGGGAAUUUGUUCAUGACUAUUUUUCUGUACUAUUUUGACUGAUUUAUGUGUUCCUGCAAGUCACUGCUAUGAGUGACAAAUGUAUUUUGCAUUCAUAAUUCUUUUAGAAAUACAGCUCUCAUUUGUUUUUUUAUUUAGUUUCAUUAAAAGUGGAGUUAUUAGAUUUUCAACCUGGUGAGAUUAUUGUUUUAAAACAAUGUCACCCCAGCCAACCGAAGUAGGUCAUUUAAUCAGAUGUUUUAGUUUUGUUGAAAAUUAUUAGAUGAAAUGAAUUUUGUAAUUCCUGUUUCUUGGGACAUGUUUGACACUGUAAAUGAUUUGAAGCCAUAUUCUUUCUAAUAUUACAAUAAUUUUACCUUAACACAAAUAAUAAGUCAUAUCUAUAUUAUAUCUCCAUUUAUAUGUCAAAUCUCUUUAUUUGUUUGAAAUUUAGAGUUUUACCUUAUUUAAAUACAUACGUAUUUUCCUAUCUUUCCAAAUUUUCACUUUUAUGUUUUUUCUAAUUUGUUCGUCUUUACAUCGUCAGUGCUAGCUUAUGUUAUGGGUAUUUUUCUGUCUGUCAGUCCAUCCGUCAGUUAGCACUGAAACUUAAAUGUACCACAAUGUGAUAACCAGUAUUAACAACGUAAUGUGAAAGGGUGAAGAGUCAGCUACAGUAUCCAUGUAUCCGCGUUGUCUAAUUACUAUCAGUGUCUUACCUCUCUAUCAGUAAGGAAACAAUUGUCCUUUUUACAUGAUUGUCAACAGAAUCAUAGAUAUAAGGGAAAAAAGACUGUGAAAUAUAAGUAUAAGGCCAUUACAAGUAUUUCACAAAUUGUUCUGAGAACUUGAAACUUAUCAUAAAAACACCUGUUGUAACCAAUUAUUGUUUUACUCAAAAAAAUUCGCAAAUUCUCCCCCUUUACAUGUUAUGACACUGAGUGAAGGUGAGCUUCUGUACCUGUACUCUGGUGUUCUUAGUACAUGACAUUUACUUUUCAUAUUAAUACACUGAACAAGGACAGUUGGGGAUCGGGAAUAUUUUGGGGGAUAUGUUUUUAUUUCUUCACUAAAAAAUACCCCUGAACAUAUUCAUGAUUCCAAACUUGUUUUGAUCGGUUUAGAAUUAUGGUAACUUAUUAUGGAAUUCUGAAGGUCUGUUCUGAAAACUUUGUCAUACAUUGUACAUGUGUUUCUUAUAUUUAUUUACAGUUGACUGUCCAUUUACUUGUUAUGACAUAGUUCUUCUUAUAUUUUUUGCCUACAAUGAUGUAUUUAGUUGUCAUGUAAGCAGUUGCAUGUCCUUCAUGUGGUGUUGUGUAUGACUACUUUUUGUUGAAGUUGCUGCUCCCCAUUUGGCCACACCCUUGUAGGCGUGGUAGAUGAUGGCUACGCCUUUGUAGGUAUACAUAGCCUCGCAGGGGGUGUGGCUAAGUAGGUCACAUGGUACUGCGUUUAUCGCUCCUUGUAGGUGAGGUAGGUGAUGGCCACGCCCCUGUAGGAAACAUGGCCUCGCAGGGGGUGUGGCUAAGUAGGUCACAUGGUACUGCGUUUAUCGCUCCUUGUAGGUGUGGUAGAAGAUGGCUACGCCUUUGUAGGUAUACAUGGCCUCGCAGGGUGUGUGGCUAAGUAGGUCACAUGGUACUGCGUUUAUCGCUCCUUGUAUGCGUGGAAGACAACGGCCACGCCCUUGUAGGUGCAAAUGGUCUCGCAGGGGGCGUGGCUAAGUAGGUCACGUGGUACUGCGUCUAUCGCCUCGUGUAGGCGUGGCAUAUGACGGCCACGCCCUUCGCGGUGCAACCGUGGUCUCGCACUGGGGCAUGGCUAAAUAGGCACGUAGUACUAUCGCCUCUUGUGGGUAUGGCACAUCAUCAGUGACAUGAAUAAAUAUCUUAACACGAAA